UAAGUUGCGAGGAUCUCGCUCCGCCUUUUGACAAGCCCUUAAUUUCUGUGAAGGGGAACACAUGCAGAUUUAUAAAGUGCAGUGCGAAGUAACAUGAAGACAGAAGGUUUGGUUUGAGUUUUUGAGACUGCUCAAAACCAAAUUACUCAACUUUACAAUUCUUCGACUGUUCUCAUCUCUCCAAACACAGACUCCAUUGCAAGGAUGACUGUCCAGCAGCAUGCCUCGACUGGUACAAACAUGGACAUUGAAGAAAGUAAAAUUCUCUCUAAGCAGUGUUUCUGGGAUGGCAGCAGCCGGCGCAAUGCAGACAUAGUGUUGAAGAACAGUUCCUACAGGGCUGCCACAAUUUGCCUCGGGCUCCUCUGUGUUCUCAUGCUGGCCGGUAUCAUAGGUCAGAGCAUCCACUAUCAAAAAGUCGAAAAAGAAAACCAAGACAAUGUAAAAGUCAUCGACAAAGAGAACCUGCAGCUCAGCCAAAGCCAGUUAGAGACCAUUAUCAGUGAUUUGAACAAAAACAUUGAACAGCUGAGAGCCAGUAAAAGCCGAUUGGAUACCAAUUACAAUGUCUUGUCUGCAGCCACAGAGCUGUUACAAAAACAAUAUGACACAGUGGUCAAACCUAAAGAUGAGUUACAGGGCAGUCAUGACUCGGCGACCAGGGAGAGGGACAAUUUACGAAACCAAUUAAAUAAUGUCACCAGAUCCAAAGAGAAACUGCAGAUGAGUUACAAUGACUUGAUUAAAGACAUAAAACAUUUGAAGGAGAGAUACAACGCAUCUACCGGUGAAAAGGACACACUAGCAAAAAGUCACCAAAGGCUAACGACAGAAAGAGACGCUCUUCAAGAAACUUUCAUCUCUCUUAAAAAAGAAGCAGAUAUAUUGCGGGCUAAUUACGUGUCGUUGGCUCGGGAAAAAAAAGAGCUUGAAAGCAGCUUAAAUAAUGUGACUGCCGAGAGAGAUAAUCUCCAGGGCCUAGUUGACAAAAUGAAAAAGACAAUGCAAGAUAAGAAGUGUGUAAAUGGCUGGCAGAAGUUCGAGUGCAGCUGCUACUACACUUCUUAUGGCAACAGAACCUGGCAGAAAAGCAGAGAAUACUGUCAUAGCAAAGGAGCAGACCUGGCAAUCAUCACAAGCCAAAAUGAGAUGAACUUCAUCAAUGGCUUGUUUGGACAUGACACUAAUACCUGGAUUGGAUUGACUGAUGAAGGAGUAGAGGGCGUGUGGAAAUGGGUGGACGGUACACCACUGACCUUAGCGUUCUGGGCUGCAGACCAGCCUAACAGCUAUCAAGGGACGGACCAGGACUGUGGGGAAUUCCUGCACCGUGCAUCAGGGAAAGGCGAAUGGAAUGACGAGACCUGUACUGUAGAACAAAAAUGGAUCUGUGAAAUGUAGUGUUUUUCCAGUAUGGGCAGUGCAUUGGUUACUGUAGGUUACGUGCCUGACAGCAAUAACUAUAUCGUGAUAAUCACUCUGUUUAGUGUAGAGAGACCGAACAUUGGGGCCUGCUGUCAGUACAUUGUAAAUAAUGACAAUAUUAAUCACAGUGACUAAAUUUACAUGGACACCAAUAUUCCAAAUAUUGAAUUUAUUCAGAAUAAGACAAUCAUUUGAUUGUGGUGUUUAGAUGGGUAAUUGCAUUUCAAACCCGUCAUAAUAUCCGUUCCGCUUAAAAUGCAUAGCAUACUACUUUCUCCCUCCCUCUUCGUAGUGGCAGCCAUCCUGUUAACAGGACAUGCAUAUUCAAGCACCUGAUAACUGUUGUAUGUUAAUUUCACAAAAUGCUGGGAAACUCCUAUUCAUGUCUACAUGAUGUGACUAAGGUUGGAAUCCACUCUGAAUUUGAUUGAUGCUAUGUCCUUUUGAACGACUUUAUUCCAGCUGAGUAAUCAGAAAAGGUUAUUUACACAGCAUUGUUUGAGUUUGACUGCUGUCUUAAACAGGUUAAUGUUGGAAUAUUGAUGCCCAUGUAAACAAAGUCAGUGUUUGCCUAGAAAUCUAUAUUGUGUGACCAUCUUACACAAAGGUAAACAGCAUUACUCACAGCUAAAUCUUGAAAUGGAGUGAUGCGAAGUAAGUUAUGUAUUAUUAGGUUGGGAGAGGCGGAAAUGUUGACUAUUUCAGCCCUUCAUCACUCUUAUCUUUUAAUGAGCACAAAUUCAAUGAGAUUCAUGAAAAAAUCUUUAGUUUAUUACCGAUGCUCAGAUGGCAGUAAACGAGGCACCGUUUCACCACUAGUAACAAGUCAUUUUUUAUCUGUGAUGAUUCGAUAUAUAUUUACUAAAAUAAUUCAAUCCAUGAUGAUUGAUAGUUUACAGUUAUCCAUUUAUAGAAAAAUAAACUUCAGAUUAUGUCAAGUUGAUUUGAUGACAUACUGCACUUAUUUGACUCUAUGACUUAUGAAUGCAUUUCCCAUGUGCUGUACUCUUAAAGUGAUACUUUACUAAUGUUGGCUAUUUUGUACUCCGUUUUUGUUGCUUCUUGUGUGACCACUAGCACAAACUGCACAUGUGGAUAACACAGAUUCAGGGACAACAGCCUUAGUCAUAAAUUUAUACUAUACUCUAUUACUACAGCAUCAUUCAUAUCCAUUGAAUUGGUGCUUUUACUAUUGAGAAGUACAUGUGAAAAAAAGUCUGUGCUGUGCUUUAGAUUCCUUUAGUAAACCAUUUUGCAUUCCAAAUAAAAAAAAUGUGUACUUGUU